CCAUUCUCCCUCUCUUCUACGACACAAUCAAAAUCUUCCUACAUUCAGCACAAUAACCACAUCACGGACAUGUCUGCCAACGAUAGCUACGAGCUUCUCUGCUUGGAGAAUCCUCUUCUCGACAUCCAGGGCGAGGGAGAUGAGGCUCUCCUCAAGGAGUACGGCCUCAAGGCCAACGACGCCAUUCUCGCCGAGAAGCAGCACAUGACCCUCUACGAGGAGCUUAUCAAGAACCGCAAUGCGAAGUUGAUCGCGGGUGGUGCUGCUCAGAACACAGCAAGAGGCGCUCAGUACCUCCUCCCAGCCGACUCCGUGGUGUUCUUCGGCUGUGUCGGAAAGGACAAGUACGCCGAGACACUUCUCGAGGCCAACAAAGCUGCUGGCCUCGCUGUUCGGUACCUCUACGACACAGAGCAGCCCACCGGACGCUGUGGUGUGAUCAUCACUGGACAUGACCGCAGCAUGUGCACAGACCUCGCAGCAGCGAACUGCUACAAGAUUGAGCACUUGAAGGAGAACUGGAGCGUAGUUGAGAAGGCCAAGGCAUACUACGUCGGUGGAUACCACUUGACGGUGUGCGUGCCGGCCGCUCUUGCUCUUGGCAAGGAAGCUGCGGAGAAGAACAAGCCAUACAUUUUCUCCCUCUCGGCGCCUUUCAUUCCCCAAUUCUUCAAGGAUCAGCUCGAUCAGGUUGCUCCAUACUGGGAUUACGUCGUCGGUAACGAGACCGAGGCCGCCGCGUACGCUGACUCUCACGACCUGAAUACCCACGACAUCCCAACCAUCGCCAAAGCGCUCGCCAACUUGCCAAAGGAGAACAAGCAGCGAAAGCGUAUUGCGAUCAUCACUCAGGGGACCGACCCAACCAUCAUUGCCGUGCAGGGCGAGGAUGAGGUCAAGACGUUCCCUGUGCACCAGAUUCCGAAGAGCGAGAUCAACGACACCAACGGUGCUGGUGACAUGUUCGCGGGAGGCUUCGUUGCUGGUAUCGUGAAGAACGCCAGCCUCGAGACUUGUGUCGACAUGGGACAGUGGCUUGCGGCGCUGAGCCUGCGCGAGUUGGGACCAUCCGUCCCAUACCCAAAGAAGACCUAUUCCAAGGCGUAAAUGGUGACGCGUAGCAGCAUGUCGAGGCUCCCGAUUCGAUUUGGCAUUAUCUGACGGGCGCCCGACGUUUCAACAACUUUCAACACUUUGAUUGUACGGCGUGGGCAUGGAAAUGACAUGAGAUACCCAGAAUUCGCAUCCUCCACGAUGUGGGAUGCAUUGACGCAAGGAAAAUAAAUAGAAGACGUAUACUUGACGAUCCGAAAAAAGAACGAGUACUAUGAUGGCGUCUCCGCGGCACUGCAUGGCUUACUGAAAUUCCAUUCCAUGACGACUGUCGACGAAUAGAACAGGCGGUGUCCUCGAGCACGAAAUUGGUAUAUCAGAGGAAAAAGUCCCGACUUCAAUUGAGAUGAUCAUGU